CCGCCGCUGCCAUGGCGGCAGCUCCGCCGGUCUCCAAGGCCGAGUACCUGAAGCGUUAUUUGUCUGGGGCAGGUGCCGGCGUCGAUGGGGGCCCUGAUUCGGGUCGCAAGCGUCGCAGAAAGCGGCCGAAGCCUGGCGGGGCCGGCGGAAAGGGAAUGCGGAUUGUGGAUGAUGAUGUGAGCUGGACAUGUAUCUCCACCACUAAACCGGAAAAGGAGGAAGAGGAAGAUGAUGGAGAUUUGCCUGUGGUGGCUGAGUUUGUGGAUGAGCGGCCGGAAGAGGUAAAGCAGAUGGAAGCCUUUCGUUCCAGUGCCAAAUGGAAGCUUCUAGGAGGCCACAGUGAAGAUCUGCCCUCACAUAGACACUUCCACCAUGACUCCCCGGAUUCAUCUCCCCCCAGGAGGGUCCGUCACGACACCCCGGACCCGUCUCCCCCCAGGAGGGUCCGACACGACACCCCGGACCCGUCUCCCCCCAGGAAGCCUCAUCGUCAUUCUUCAGGUGUGUCUCCUAGGAGAACCCACCAUGACACACCAGGUUCAUCUCUUCCUAGGAGGGCCUGUCACAGUUCCUCAGAUAGCUCUGUUCCCAGAAGGGCUCGAAAUAGCUCACCUGAUACAUCUCAGCCUAGAAGGACUCGUGACUCCUCGGACACAUCGCAGCUCAAGAGGGCCCGUCAUGACUCCCCUGAUUUGACUGCUAGUGUCCCUCAUUCUCUGCCCAGACCCAAAAGCAGUAAAGCCCCAGAGAGAGCCUCUAGCAAAAUCUCUGCACAUUCGAAGGGGCCGGGACCAUCUCACACGUCACUCCCAAAGAACAGCAAAUAUGAGUAUGACUCGGACCUCUCUCCUCCACGAAAAAAGCAAGCAAAAUCCCAUAAACAUGAUUCUUCUAAAGACUCUUCCCCCAGCCAUAGGAAAUUUCAUACAAACUCUUCGCCUAGGAGAUGUUACCCAAGUGACAGUCGGAAAGCCUCUGAUUCAGAUCUUUCUCCUCCGCGGCAAAAGCAGAGUUCAGGGCACAAAGAUUCUGAUUCAGAUCUGUCACCUCCGCGGAAUAGACCUACAUACCAGAGCUCUGAUUCUGACCUGUCUCCACCAAGGAGGAAACAGAGGGCCAAAUCUUCUGAUUCUGAUCUGUCUCCACCUCGAAGGAGUCAGCCUCUAGGAAAGAAGGCUGCACACAUGUAUUCUGGGGCGAGAACUGGCUUGGUGUUAACUGACCUACAGCGAGAGGAGCAGGAGCUCAAGAAACGGGACCAAGAAACCACGGCGUUUGAAGCUGAAUUCCAAUAUGCUGAAACAGUAUUUCGAGAUAAGUCUGGUCGUAAGAGGAAUUUGAAACUGGAACGUUUAGAGCAAAGGAGAAAAGCAGAGAAGGACUCGAAGAGAGAGGAGCUGUACGCUCAGUGGGGGAAAGGGCUUGCCCAGAGCCGGCAGCAGCAACAAAAUGUGGAGGAUGCGGUGAAGGAAAUGCAGAAGCCUCUGGCGCGCUAUAUUGAUGAUGAAGAUCUGGAUCGGAUGCUGAGAGAACAGGAGAGAGAGGGGGACCCCAUGGCCAACUUUAUCAAGAAGAAUAAGGCUAAGGAGAACAAGAAUAAGAAAGCGAGACCUCGCUACAGUGGUCCAGCGCCUCCUCCCAACAGAUUCAAUAUCUGGCCUGGAUAUCGCUGGGAUGGAGUGGAUAGAUCCAAUGGAUUUGAACAGAAGCGCUUUGCCAGGCUUGCCAGCAAGAAGGCGGUGGAGGAACUUGCCUACAAGUGGAGUGUUGAGGAUAUGUAACUUUCUGAGGCCGUGGGGCAUCUGUGGGUUGUGGCAGUGGACAUAGGGCAGCCAGCCAUCCAGUUGUACCAGCUGUCUAUGUUAGGAAUCAGGGUCCACACAGACCGGCAACCUGAAUGCCAGUUUUGACUACAGAAGACUCUUUUGAGACCUGAUGUUUGGACUGAGGCACCUGUACUUCGCAGGUGCGACAACACUGGUGAUUGCUGGCCUUCAGAGGAUGCAUUGUUUUUUCAGUGUCCCAGGGUUUGUUCUUGGUUAGGGUUUUUGUUUUUUAAUAAACAUGCAUUUAUUUUUUCACAAUCA